GAUAUUUGAGUUGUAUAUUCUUACAAAGACACGAUCUUUUCUCUGAAGCAUUUCCUUUUUUUUUGGUGAAAAGCAAACCUCGUCUCGUCUUAUCACUCUCUUUCAUCGGACUCUCUCCUUCCACGUAUCCGCCAUUGAUCUCUCCCUCCCUCUCUCUCUCUCUCUGUCGGUUGUGUUCACUUUUCUCGCCGUCGGGCUUCUUCGUUAUUCUGAGUUUGUGUGAAGAGUGAGUCUUUUAUGAUCUUAUAACCUGUUUCUUCUUGCAUCGGCCAUGUACUGAUUAGGACUAUGUAGAAAGCUAUUCUGGUUCCAGACAAGAAGGUCUGUAGUGAAGGUACAAUGUCUGAACAGGUUAUGGGUUUGGAUAAGGAUAACAUUGGAACGGGCAAGAAUGCUGUCCAUGCUUAUGAAUCCUCCUGGUUGGCUCGUUGGACCAAGCCUGGUGUUGAGGCGCCCAAACCGAGUGAGAAUCGUUUAUCCCUCAAGGAAGAUGGCAAAUGUUCUAAGGAAUCCUCAGUGAUUGGUCCUGAAAUUGUAGUUGUUGAAGCUGAAGAGAAUCUUGGAAGAGAACAUGGCAAUGAAGCUACAAGGAUUGUACAAAGCACAAUGUGGACUGGGUUUCAAACUUUUCUGAGAAAGGAGACUACAGUGUCUUUCCAUGAAGGUGAGGGCUCGAGCUCUAAGGCUAUGCCCUUCAGAAGGGCGUCCUGGGUUCAUCCACAACGGAGAAACGCUUUACUGGAACCGAGCUUUGAGCAGAAAGAAGUAUUCAGUUCAAAUCACAGUCCUCACAUUCCCGGGCAAGUGAAGAGUACACGAAACCCACUCGACUUGAUCAGUCCAAUGAAAAUUUACACGGCAGUUGAUUCGGUUGACGGAAUUUCCAGAGAGCCUUAUAGUUUGUCUCAGGCAACCAGUACCCGACACAUCCUCCUUACUAAGAGGACUGGUCUUAAUUUGUCAGAAGAAGACGGUCAACUGUUAAGAGAUUCGAGAGUUUCCAUGAAACUGAAAAGGAAAAUGUUUGGUGGGUUUCUUGAUAUAUUUCCUAAUCUUGAUCUCCACCAUCGAGGAGUGGGGUUGAAAUCUCUGAAAAGCUCGAAAGACUGUGAAGAAGGGUCGAAAAGAAUUGGCGAAGUUAAAAGUUCUGCAGUUUGUGCAAGAAAGGGAUCAUCAUUGGCUGAGACUGGUACCUUGGAGAUGGAUAAUUUCCAAAGGAUUCGCCUUUCUGGCUCCACUUCUCCAUUGUCCCCAAAGGGUCAAGGAAGAAAAAUGCAAUCGCCAGUUCCACGGGUCGAAAUACCUGACAUGAACCAAGAACCACCUGUGAUUCCAAAUGGGGAGAAAUCAGUGUGUAGCCAUGGACGAGAGACAAGCACCUCGGAGACUCAAACCAUGAAAGUGGAACACUUUCUUUCCAACACCGAGUUACCGAAACAGGGAAAGCGUGUACUGUCAGACCCUGAACCUUGCAGCUUAUGGGUCAAACGCCUCAAGACGAGUCCUUCAGCAUCGAAAGGCGAGAAGGUGAAUGAUUUCUUCCACAGAAUCAUGAAACGUGGAAUGGUCAAUCCUGAGACAAGAAAUGAAGAACCUUCAACAUCUGAAUUCAAGAACAGGAAGGUAGGUGGGGAGGAGAUAACACUUCAGCACCCAUGGAUUCAGAGAUGGUGUAAGAACAGUGGUGUGAAAUCUCAUAUAGCAGCUGGGCAAGAAGCUAAAUGUGAACCGAACACGAAUACGAAUGCCUCAAAGGAAAUAGAGAAGGAGCAAUUUCCGGGUAUUGCAGCCAUGGCAUUGAUGGGGAAAGCGCUGAUCGGGUUGAGCCCGUCGGGUCUGAGAAAGAGCGGAUCUUUGGUCAUCUGGAAUACUUCGGAUUCAAGGUAAAGGCUUAAACGCUGAUCUUGCAGCUGAAUCUGGAAGCUUUCCCAGAUGAACAUGCUCAACAAUCCAGUGAAAGGGAGAUCAUGACACGAGAUACGAGCUAAAAGACAGGUUCUACUGUUCUUAGUUUGAUCAAGUAGGAGGAGCCUGUAAGAAUUUUGACAGUUUUCCUUUUUAACUCAGCCUACUUUGUGGUGUGUGUUUUUAUGGUGGGUGGAAGCCAUCCUGGCUUUUUUUGUAUAAGUACGUCGCUUGCAAUGUUGGGAUACACUUUGCGAGAUGUUAAAGUCACAGUUCUCUUCUACAUGAGAAGAACAAAACUGGAGAUUGUCCUCAAACGAUUCCAGAUAACUAAGUUUUCUUUUCUGAUGUA